AUGCCGCCCUACAACCACAGCAUACACCUAAUUCAGUACGUUGAGUUCGCAAUUGGCCAUGACCAGCACUACUUUCGAAGACAACACAUUCGCGCCAGGGUAACGCAAAUGUAUCAGAACCCAGAAUCCCCUCAAAGCAAAGACCGAGGUUGGCUAUGCUUUUGGCUUGCUGUACUUGCAGUUGGGGAGCUACAAAAUAACAAUGGAGGCAUCAGCACUGAUAAUGGCCUUGGAUUAGACCGUUCACUGGCACUCCAAGAAAAAGACCCCCCCGGAGCCGAUUACUAUCACCAAUCCGUUGCAUUUCUUCAGCAGGUGGCUGAGAAUCCUGACGUACAGUACAUUGAGACCUUGUGCUUGCUUGCAAUCUACGCGUUUUCCAUGGACAAAAUUAACACAGCUUAUAUGUACAAUGGCCUCGGUUUGCGUGCGGCGCUCUCACUGGGCUUGCACCGCAGCCCGUUGGAUUUCCCGUCGGAGGGCUCGGAUCUCCGUAUAGCUGAAUGCGAACACCAGAGGCGGGUGUUCUGGACCGUUUAUUAUCAGGAUCUACUUACUUCCUCCACCACAGGCCGUCCGUGGGGUAUCCUGGACGAUGAAAUCACCAUUGAAUAUGCCGACUCCAGUCGUCUUUCUGGCGACUCAAUAAUGGAGUUCUUUGACUCUGAAGAAUCUAAUGCGCACCUAGAACUCAUGCGCUUGAGAGGUCAGGCUUAUUCUUCGUUAUACGGUUACGCAGGCACCGCGAUCAACCCCUAUUCUCAUAUUUCUUUGUUCAAUUUUGACCUGGGGAAUUCUCUAUCACAGCAACACCUGGACAAGAUGGAUGAAUUUCAUCAAGGCUUGGUCGCUUGGCAGCAGGAGCUUUCGGAAAAGUUGAAGCUCGCUAGGAGUUUGAAUGGGUCAAUGCUAAAUUUAAGCCGGGUGACCGCGAACUUGCAUCUCAUCUAUCAUCAGACCAUUCUUGUGCUCCUCAGACCUGCUUUGGUCAAUAUCCACAAUGACCGCUUUGAAGCACGAAGUAAGGAGCAUUCGGAGACGAUCGACGCCAAUCCGGGGCCAAAAUCGAUGCUGCGAGGAUUUUAUAACGCCUCCCUGGAAUCUGCGCGAGAGACGGCGAGCAUAUUAGAAUGGCUGCAAUACCAAGGUGCACUGUCCACUUAUUCCUAUUUUGACGCUAGCUACGCCUUUACUGCUGCCAUAGUGCUCUACCUUGCCAAAACCAUGCGGUCCUUCGUUUAUCGCAACCAGGACGCUCUUCAAUUCACAGAUGAAGACCAGAAUGCCCUCAAUACUAUAUGUUGCAUUCUUCGUCAGCAGAGCUUAGCAGGCAAUGUACCCGCGAAAUAUUUCGACAGACAGCUUCGGUUGCUAGAGAACAACCUCGAAGCCCUCCAAACAGCCUUGGAUAACCAUGUGAGUUUGGAUGAUCUCAAUUUUGACCUCGAUUAUCUAGGCCCCGAGCUACAUUCAUUGUCGGAUGGUGUCGACACAUCUCUACCUGCAGGACCAUAA